GAGUUCUAUAUGGUGGCCUUUGUCGUGCACAUAGUGUUAAGUGCAAGCCGCGGGCGAUCGGCCCGAAACCGAAGGCGGCACGAAGCCAACGAAUGGAAAUGCCGAGCGCUCGCAACUGAUCCUUACUUAUAGACUACCGUCUGUACCGAUAUCCUCCAAAUCAAUUCGAACGCUGUGGUAGUCACGAGAACACUUCAAGUUCUAUACGCAGUCUUAAUCCUCUCUGGAAUUUAUUCUUUGCAAAUUUUGAUUUCGAUCAGCCUUUAAUCAUUCAAAAUGCCUUUCGUCCCAGCUGAAAACCCAAAAUGCCCAAAAUGCGGUAAAUCCGUAUACGCAGCAGAAGAACGUGUUGCCGGCGGAUAUAAAUUCCACAAAUCAUGCUUCAAAUGCGGAAUGUGCAACAAAAUGUUGGACUCAACAAACUGCACUGAACAUGAAAAGGAAUUGUUCUGCAAGAACUGCCAUGGCCGUAAAUACGGACCAAAAGGAUACGGUUUCGGCGGUGGUGCCGGUUGCUUGUCAAUGGACUCAGGCGCCCAUCUUCCCCAGAAUGGCGAGGCAGGAGUACGAAACGGUGCGUGCUUGGAACCACGUGUCAUCUUAAAAGCACCAGAAGGGCAGGGCUGUCCAAGAUGCGGUGGCUGGGUGUAUGCUGCUGAACAAAUGUUGGCACGUGGAAGAACCUUUCACAAAGAGUGUUUCAAAUGUGGCGAAUGCUCAAAACGUUUAGAUUCGGUUAACUGUUGCGAAGGUCCAGACAAGGAUAUUUACUGCAAAGUAUGCUAUGCCAAACGAUUUGGUCCGAAAGGCUAUGGCUACGGUCAAGGUGGUGGCACCCUGCAAAGUGAAACCUAUGAAAACAACGAGCUUGCACCAAAAACAUUUGCCAUCGACACGGCUAAGAUUCAAGCUCCACCAGGUCAAGGUUGUCCACGAUGCGGUGGUGUUGUGUUUGCGGCUGAAUUGGUUUUAUCCAAAGGUCGCGAAUGGCAUCGUAAAUGCUUCAAAUGCAAAGACUGCACCAAGACUCUUGACUCGAUUAUCGCAUGCGAUGGACCCGACAGAGAUGUAUAUUGUAAAACUUGCUACGGCAAAAAAUGGGGCCCACACGGCUAUGGUUUUGCUUGUGGAUCUGGUUUCCUUCAAACCGAUGGAUUAUCGGAGGAUCAAAUUUCGCAAUGUAAACCAUUCAUCGACCCGGAUACCACAACGAUCAAAGCCGCACCAGGCCAAGGAUGUCCACGUUGCGGUGGCGCUGUGUUCGCUGCUGAACAACAAUUGGCAAAGGGUUCAAUGUGGCACAAAAGAUGCUUCAGCUGCGCCGAAUGUCAUCGACCAUUGGAUUCAACAUUGGCUUGCGAUGGUCCAGACCGUGAAAUUCAUUGCCGCUCAUGCUACGGCAAACUCUUCGGACCAAAAGGUUUCGGUUAUGGUCACUCACCAACUUUGGUUUCAACCAGUGGCGAAUCGACAAUUGCUUAUCCGGAUGGUCGAGCUUUCGGCGGUGCAAAGGCUCCGGCUGGUUCUGGUUGUCAGCGUUGUGGAUUCCCAGUGUACGAAGCUGAAAAGAUGAUUAGCAAAAAUCGUCAUUGGCACAAACGCUGCUUCUCAUGCCACUCAUGCCAUAAAUCAUUAGACUCAACAAAUUUGUGCGAUGCGCCCGACAACGAGAUCUACUGUCGCGGAUGUUAUGGUCGAUUUUACGGGCCAAAAGGUGUCGGUUUUGGCAUGGGUGCUGGCUGCUUAACUAUGGUUUAAAUUAAAACAAAAUCACUUUCAAGCAUGUCCAAUUCGACUUUUCGUUUCCUUGUUUUUCAUUCAAAUAGACAGUUUUCUUUCUGUAUAGAAGAAAUCGUUUUUUUUUCAUUGAAUAAUAUAUUCUUAUCCAAAAAUAAUAGAAUUUUUUUUUCAUAUGACUCAUUAAACACACAUAAAAAAUAUUACUUAUGAUUUUGUUCUUUACGUGUAUUGUUUUGCGCUCUCACUCUUUACAACUCGGUACAGAAGAAACUUUUAGAGAAAGAAAACGAACAAAUGUAACAAAUUAAUGGUAUUAAUUGUACUAUAAGCAAACUAAGAAAUAAAACCGACAUAUAUAACGAAAUGAAGGACAAUUAAAGUAAAGAAGAAAAAAAAGAACAAAUCAACAUGAUUGAGAAUUUUUAAAUAGACGCUAAUAAAUUUAGUUUUCAUUUUUUUUAUAUUAUAUAAAAAGAGACAUUGUUGAAGAAGAAACAAAAGAGAUGUUUAUAUAAUCCAAAUAAUGCUUUAUGUAUUUAUUUUAUAAAACUCGGGCAUAUAAAUUGAGAGACGCCUGCAAAUAUAGAAUGCUUUUUUUUUUGAAUAGGUAAAAUAAUGAAUAUUUGUUGCCAACAAAGGGCUUCUCGAGAAAUGGACUUGUUAUUUUCUAAUACCAUAGUAGAAAAAGUAUAUUAAUAGACAGAAGCACAGCGACAAAGAUGAAGAAUAAGAAAAAAACACGUGCACACAACUAUACAUCUUUGACUAAUCUAGAAUAAGACAUUUAAACCCAAAAUACAUUUCGAACGAUCGAUGUUUUUGUUUGCAAAUGUUUGGAAACGCACGCAAACACCAUCCGGUGAUGUUAUGUUGCUUUGCAAAAAAUGUUGUCUGUAACCACAUGUUUGGCGGCAAAUUCAAAUUAGUCAAAUAAAAAUAUACUUUAUUUAAUGCAA